AUGACCGUCGACAAGAUCACCGCAAAAGAAACAAUGCGCCCCUCAACCCCGCUGUCAGCGGCUCUCCCCCCGCUCAUAAUGGGCACCGCAACCUUCAACAACCAAUACAACGCCGACCCAUUCGCCCUCCCAACGACCGAACUCGUCCAGCGUGCCCUAUCACGCGGUAUCCGCGCCUUCGACACAUCCCCCUACUACGGCCCAGCCGAAGAACUUCUCGGCCGCGCCCUCGCAACCGAAACCGUACAAAGCAACUACCCCCGCAACACCUACCACCUCCUCACAAAGGUCGGCCGCAUAGCAAGCUCCACAUUCGACUACUCCCCAACCUGGAUCAGACACAGCGUGCGCCGCAGCCUCCGCCGCCUACACACAGACUACCUAGACGUCGUCUACUGCCACGACGUGGAAUUCGUGACACCGGCAGAAGUCCUCACAGCCGUGCGCGAGCUGCGCCGUCUCCGCGAUGAAGAAGGCAUCCUGCGCUACGUCGGUAUCUCCGGAUACCCAGUCGACACGCUAAGCGAUCUCGCGGAGCUGGUGCUGCGCGAGACGGGCGAGCCGCUCGAUAUCGUCAUGUCGUAUGCCAACUUCACGCUGCAGAAUACACGGCUGCAUUCGCAUGCCUUGCCUAGGCUGGUUGCUGCUGGUGUCGAUGUCGUGCCUAAUGCCUCGGUGCUGGGCAUGGGUCUGCUGCGUCGUGAUGGCGUGCCGAUCGGUUCCAUGGGCGAUUUCCAUCCUGCGCCUGAUGCCCUGCGCACGGCUAUUCGUGGUGCUUCGGAGUGUGCUUCGCGGCAUGGAGAGAAGCUCGAGGUGGUCGCUAUCCGCUUUGCGCUGGAGUCGUGGCUGCGGCUUGGUGCAAGGGCUGGGGUCCUUGGUGCGCCGCUUGCGCGUGCGGCGGACGCUGACCCUGGGUUCUUGUCGGCUGCUACGAUGGGCACGGGGAAGAGGCUGGGGGUUAGUGUCAUGGGCGUUAGCAAUUUUGCCGAGCUGGACGAGACUUUGCGCGUCUGGCACAGUAUUGUCGACGGAUUAGAGAAUUGGCGCGAGGAGGAUGAAGAGUCACUUUUCGAUAUCACGUUGAAAUCGACUGAGCGGUCGGAUUCCAAACCGGAUGCUCUUAUGGGUGUUGUCCCCACGGCAUCGAACACCAGUAUGCUCACGCCCCAGGAGGGUCUCGUUACGGAUCGUGCGUGGUCCCAUGCGCGCGGCGUUCGUAUCCUUGAACUCGCACGAGAGAUUCGGGGUGUCAUCGGCAGAGAGUGGGUUGAUUAUGUUUGGGAUAGUCCGUCACCGGACUUUGUGAACUUCAUACCUGAGGAUCAUAUCGCCACUUUGCAGAAGAUUGAAGCUGAGCAAAGGGCAGGCGGGAAGAUGGAGCUCCCAAUAUCUGAUACUACGAUUAGCGAGACCCCUAUGCUGACCCCGCCGUCAGAUGCGGAGAAGCAGAUUGCAUAG